CUACAAGGUGUUCUUUGUCUGUCUUCGUCUCAAACCCACUCGUCUCCUCAUUCACAAUGGCAGCUUCUCCUCUCUGCAUGCAAUUAUCUUGCCAUCUCUAAUGCCUCUUAAGGAACUGGAAUGUUUGUAAGAAGAAUUCACAUGUUGCAUCACAAUCUGCUAUGACAGAAGAUCUGAAGAUGGUUUCUGAGAGAUGAAAUCUUGCUGUGUCUCAGAAUCUUUACAAGAUUCAUGUUAGUACAAUCCAUGAUCCUGUCUUCAGAUCCCUGCUGUAACGUGAGUCACUAGAUGUCUACUUAUUCCUGGAUCCAGAAGAGUAGUCUGUAGUGAAUCUUCUGUCAUCAGCAGUAGAAACCAAACCUUGUUGUUGAUUAGAAUCUUCCCCUCUGUAUCAUCUUCUUAUGGUAGGUCGUAUGAUCUUGUAAUUUGUUCUAGAAAUACCUUAUGAUCUCUAUGUUGCUCUUUCUGUCUCGGGUCAGAGCUAUGAAUGCUUAAGGCCACUGAAAUCCAUCAUCACUUGGCGUUCUGAGUCCGACCAUCACUGGUUUGGGACUUGCAGCCAUGGGUGAGGAAGCUGGGAAGGUGACUAGUAUCUGGCAGAUUGUGAGACUGCGAGAGAUCCUUCAGAAAUGGCAGUCCAUCGCCCUCGGGCCAAAAGAGGACCGGCACAGGGCGUCCGGGAUCCCCCCGACCGUCAGCAGCCGCCUAAAGGACGUGUGCGUCCAGUGUGACUCCGACGAGGAGUGCUGCCAGAGCCCGGAGGCGCCGCCGGAUGUCCCCAAGGGGUGCUGCCCAGUGUACGUAGGACCAGAGCAGAGGAGGUUUGUGAUUCCGACGAGUUACUUCAGCCUGCCGGUGUUCAGGCUGCUACUGGAGAAGGCUGAGAAGGAGUUCGGCUUCGAUCACAAGGGCGGACUCACCAUCCCUUGCGAGAUCGAGACGUUCAAGUACAUCCUCCAGUGCAUGGACCGGCACGGCAAGGGCCUCAUCGAUGACGAAGGAAAUCCAACAGGGCUCGAGGACUGAGAGCGCUUGGGAUUGUUCUUAGUCAGCUACAGCAUUCAUAGGGAUUGAUAGAACUUCCACUUGGUGGUAUGUGCUAAGCUUAAGGAGAGCUCUGAAACAUGUUUCCCCCUUCCUUGGAUUUCAGGGGAGUUGCUGGGAUUAAGCUGUGUAAUCCCCCCCCCAACAUAGUUUUCGGAAAAUGGUACUGUGAAUCAUGUGAUGAUUGAUUGGAAAUGCAAAUGCUUGAAAAGCUGCUUUUGUGA